GCGGGAAGUUACAGUAACACCGGAGCAUACGAUCACAAGCUAGCGAUCUGUUAAACCUUUUAGAGUUAUUGUUUUAUUUACCAGAUCGUCUUCUAGUACAGUGUAGGGAUGCUGUUCCGCUCGAUCGUGGACAGAGGAGUGGGCAGACGACGACAGAAUGCCCUCCAUGCAGAUCACUGGCACAGGUAUCCUCUGAGUUCCCUGCUGGAAGGUUACCAGUGUGUCCGACAUGAGGAACACAUCUCCUAUGGCAACCUGGGCGACUCUGUGCCUCCGUUUGGAUUAGCUUUCUCCUCUGCCGGGAACCUGCAUAAUGUUCUGGCAGCAGCUAAUGAAGAAGGCAUUGUCCGGAUCUACAACACAGAGAGUCGAGAAACCCCUCUUCUUAAAGAAUGGCUGGCUCAUGAGAAUGCUGUCUUUGACAUUGCAUGGGUACCAGGAGAGCCUCAAUUGGUGACUGCAGCCGGUGACCAGAUGGCCAGGUUGUGGGAUGUGAAGUCCGGGGAGCUGUUAGGCAGCUUCAAGGGUCACUUAUGCAGCUUAAAGUCUGUUGCAUUCAUACCACAGGAGAAAGCUGUGUUCUGUACCGGGGCCAGAGAUGGGAACAUUAUGGUCUGGGACACCAGGUGCAGCAAAAAAGAUGGUUUCUACAGACAGGUGAAACAGAUCAGUGGCGCUCAUAACAAAGCCGAGACAAACCCCCCCACCAAAACCAAGAAGAGGCGGAGCAGCACACGUGGCAUGGCUCCCAGUGUGGAUUCCCAGCAGAGUGUCACAGUGGUUUUGUUUCGGGAUCAGCACACCCUCAUCUCUUCUGGAGCGGUCGACGGAGUGGUCAAGAUGUGGGACCUGAGGAAGAACUACACUGCACACCGUCAGGAUCCCGUACCCCUGCAGUUGUAUUCAUACCCGGGGUCUUGCAUGCGCAUGCGACUGGGUUAUUCAGGACUCGUUCUGGACGCCACCAGAUCCAACGUCAUGUGUAACUGCACUGACGAUAAUAUCUACAUGUUCAAUGUCAGCGGGACAAAAACAACUCCAGUGGCAGUUUUCAGUGGCCACCAGAACUCUUCUUUUUACAUUAAGUCCACUAUUAGCCCAGACAACCAGUUCUUGGCCAGUGGCUCAAGUGACAAUCACACAUACAUCUGGAAGAUCGCCGACCCUACGCAAUCUCCCAUGACGCUCCAAGGCCACAGUGAGGAAGUGACUUCGGUUGCAUGGUGCCCCACAGACUUUACCAAGAUUGCUUCCUGCUCGGAUGAUCACACUGUCCGGAUCUGGAGGCUUCACCGGGGAAUGGACGGGGCUCGGUCUUCGGUGGGAGAGGCCAACCUGGUGGGCUGGGCGCGUCAUAAGACUCCCUCAAGGCCGGCAAUUCAACCUGAAACAACUCCUGCAAAGACCAAGACAACGCAGAGUCUUGUUGGCCUGGCAUCACCCCAGCUCGCCGCCUGUGCUCCCAGUGGAGCUGCCCUGCCUCUGCCCUCCAUCACCACCUCACCUCUCCCCUCUCAGGAAGCCAAAGCUGCAGCUGCUCGCCAGAGAACCCCAUCGUCUAUCAAGCAGUGGCUGUCCCCGAACCGCGGAUCUCCCGCCCAGGUCACCCCUCCGCUCCAUAAGGUUCUGAACGCGUGUCCCCAGAGCCCGGCGAGCAGCUCCUCUCACACAGAACGACGCGCAAAACGCAGGCUGGAGACCGGAGACGAUUCCCCUUCAGGCUGCAGUACUGCGGAACAGUGUGACUGUGUGAAUGAACUCUACCCGACGGCAAAAAGAAGUCGGGUCCUGUCUGGAAUCUGCUGUCCAACUCAAGAGAGCUUGGCGCAAACGAACUGUGACGCAGAAAUCGGCACGCAGGCAUCGCCGAAACAGAGCGGCAAAGAGAAUUUCACUCCAACAACGAUCGACUGGUUGUCAGUGAUGGGUCAGAAGAUGAGGAAAGGUCAAGGAAGCCCCAGUUCUCCAAGAAGCCCCAUUGCGUCAAAGAAACAAGACAGCAAGACACCAGCUUCACCGACCCUCCGAUCUCCACAGGCCAUGAAGAAAAUCUCCACAUACUUCUCCAGGAGGCCUCUGGAAUGAACUCUUGUGCCAGCCUCACGCUCUGUGCUCCUGUUUUGAAAUACUAUCUAUUUUUUAUAUUGAGUAUUUUUUUUUUCUUUUUUAACCUGAACCCACAGACAAAAAAAAAAAAAGCCUCCAAGAACACUGAGCCAUGACAAGAUUACAUGAACCUGGGCUCUCUGGCGAUUUAAAAACCAUUGUUCUGAAUAUUUGAUGCUGUGUUUUCACAUCCCAAGAGGCUGCUUUUUAAUUUGAAUUGGGUCAUAGGUUUUCUAGUUGCCUCCUACACAAAUUUCUGCUGCUUUAAGCAGAAUAUCUAGUAGAAAAACAAAGUUGCAUAUUGCUGGGGAAUAUUCUUAUAUCGCUCAAAACUAACAGCUAGUGUUGAACAAAAGAAACACAUUUAUUAAGUUGCACAGAAGGUCAACCACCAGGUCAGUUUAUUUGCCAUCUUUGAGCCAUGUGAUUAACUUAAAAGCUUCAUCUCUGAUUUUUCUUCAUGUUAUCAGUUUUGACCUUUUUUUUCUUUCUGUGUAAUCUUGUAAGAAUUAAAAUUGCAUUGUGUAAUUUUCCUUGAGCAAAUGCUUAAGUUGUUUAUAUGUACAAAAUAACCAAUGAUUGUUGCAUGGCUGGUUUGUAUUUAAAUUGAAAAUAGUCUUCAGUAUUUGUCACAUGCUUGUGUUGCAUUUUUGCCUCUACUGCUGAGGAACGGUCUCUCUUAAAUUAAAUGCUGUUCACAGGU